CGUUAGAUAAACAUUAUUAUCCAUUCAUUUUUACUUGAGUUUUCUUUGCUAUAACUUUUGAUUUUGAACGAUUGUUACCGCACCUGUGGACCGCACUACCGCUUUCAAGAUGGAGGCGAUGGAGCACCACCAUAACCACACGGAUCCUCUAUUCAAUAAACUGGGACUUCCAGAGCACUUCGGAGGCCACAUUGUACCAGGCGUGAUGCAGUACCUCAUAGGGCUACGGUGGUUGUACUGCACCUUCGAGCGCUACUACCUCUGCAAGAGGGAGUACGCCUUGUUGGGCUCACGAGGGCGACCCUUCGUCAGCAGCUACCUGUUCCCCAGCACAUUCUGCCCUGGGUUGCCCCUUGAGGCUCUUGUCACCUUUUUAUUGAGUGUUCUGCUUAUAAUAAUGGAGAGCCAGUCCGCAAUAUCGCACGUGGGCGUAACUGAUAUGCGCUUCGGAGAGGACCUCAUCCACGUGGUCAUGGUGGCACAGGUGGCCCUGGCUCCCAUCGUCGUCAUCCUGAAACAUUACAGGUAUCCCGUGAUCGAUGGUAUGGAGUACUUCGUGUCGGGAUCUUCGUACCUGAUCAUGGCCUACACAGCGUACAACCACGUCCUUCAUCCUACCACUCUAGGCAAACAGGUACACACGCAGGUGAACAUUGUAUGGGUUCUCAUGGCGGUCACAAUGUUCAUCGAGUCCCAGAACUUGGACAAGCCGCUGUUCCCAGUUAUCCGCGCCUUCUGGUUAUGUUACGCAGGUGGGCUAUUUGUACAGUUGGACUUUAUCUUGUUCGAUAUGAACGGCGGAAGCUGGCCUACAGAGAACGGUUUCUACCUCCUCCUCGAGCUUAUGACACUUACGUGGCACUUUGUUGGGGAACUUUUGGUCGUGGGCGUGGUGAGCUUCGUGGCGCUGGUGCUGGUCAAGAGGAUGAAGCCAGCCAAAGUAAAGGCACAGCUCGACAUCAGCCUGGGCUGCAGCUACGGUGGUCAAUUUACUGACGAAAAAUCAGGCGAAGUCCGGUACUGCCUGUUGAAAAAUUGCGAUGAUGUUUGAAUGCUGUUGUUUCUUCAUCUAACCAGUAUAUGUCUAGACAUAACCCACUAGGCGUCCGACAAUGAAAUAACGUGGAUUGAAAGUUGUUAAUACGAAAUAAACGCCUUAACAGCGUUAUUUUACCGUAAUUUGCCUGCACGGAAGAUAUUC